AUGCAUAGUAAUACUCAAGACCGCCAAGAUUACGGUUUAGCACAGCAUUCAAAUAGACAAACUACUUCUAAUCUUAAUGAAAAGACUGCUAGUUUCCUUAGAAAAGACUCUAAUUAAUUUGAGAACCCCCUUAACAAACAAAUAUUUAGCAAUUAAAAUAUGAAUACUUAGAAUUUAGAGUUUUACUAGUCAUCAUACUUCCCUAAUCAACCAAUAGAGACAAACAGCCAUUUGGAGAUGUCACGGAAGCAAUCAAAUACUCUCAACAAUGAGAGUUUUAAUGAUAGAGCUGGUAUAAUGAGUCCUUUGCAAAAAAUGAACAAACAGAGAAAGGAUAGUGAUGAUAAGCUAUAGAUGAAGCUCAGUAAUAUGAGUAGGGAAUUCUCUCAAAUUAAAAAUAUGCAGCCUUAAUAUUUUAACAAUACAAUGGUUGGAGGGCUUGGAGGAGGGCCCCAAGGUAAAUUUUCUUUGACAGAAGAUCAAUCGUCUAGAAGGUUUGAAUUAAAUAAGAGUGAGAUUCAACAAUAAGAUACUAAAUCAAAAGGCUUUAAUAACACUUCUUUUAUCAAUCCAAUCCAUCUUUCUUCUCCCUAAAUCAAUGGCAGUCAUCUUGAGUCAUCAAGAAUCUUGAAAGAUUAGGACUAUUAUGGUCCAUCCUAGCAAUUCAUCAAUACAUCAAAUGAGUUUAGCAGAAGAUAGGGUCUUCAUUAACAAAAUUAGAACAAUGAUAGAUCCAAAUCAGAAAUAACUCCUCCUUCUGUAAAAGAAAAUAUGAAUUACGGGAUUGGGCUUUAUAAAAUUACUUAAGAUAGAGACAAUAUCCAUAAAGAUAACUUGAGUAGUGGAGACAAAGGUUCGCCUAACUCCUUCUAGCAAAGUAAUAACUUUAAACUAAGUGGAAAGGACAAGGAUUGUACUGUGGUAUUCAGUAACUCAGCCAAUCAUCUAAGAAUGUCCUCUGGUUUUUCAAAUAAUAAAAAUAUCGAUACAAUUAGAGCGACUGAAAAAGAUUUGGCCUCAUCACUUCAAAAUCCUAAUAACUUAAUUCUUUAGGAUUAGAGCAAGUUUUACCCGUUUUAUGCUGAGAGCACAGCUUUCGUAGACUCAAAUUAUACAUUUAGACCAAACUCAAAUCUUUUAUAUGAGAAUAUAAUGGCUUACUAGCAGAGAAUGGAUGGAAGCUAGGGUAUCAAAGAAGAAGAUGAAAGUGCCGAGAAAAGAGAAAGGAAGUCUAGAAAGAAGAUGAAGACUUAAAGGGAACAUCUUAAAACUUUCAAGUUUCAUGAGGAUAGUGAGCUUUUGCUAUAAAGUAGUUUGCGGUAAAAUCGAGGUAUUGAUGAAACUGACUUACUUCAACUUAAGAGUAAUAGAAUUAGAGGUAUAUCUGAUAAUUCAAGAGGAGAGUUAAAAUCAUCAUAAAGGUAUCAGAAUAAAUAUCUCCAAGAUAUAAGCGGAGAUUCUAAACUAUUUACCAACAAUAAAUAAAAUGACACUCCUUCCUUGUCAGGGUCUGUUUUAAAAUAAGAUCUCAUUAGAAGAAGUUCCCCUGGAAAGUUCUCAAUCCAUGCUGCUUAAAACCCUAAUCACACUGAAAACAUGAUGUCAAUAAUGAAUCUAGGUCAAAAACUGAAUAACUCCAUUGGUGGGAGUUAUGGAAGAGAGGAAUCAUAGUCACCCAAAGAUAUUAUGCAAAAGGCAUCUCAAACUGACUAUGGUUUUUAUAAUUACUAAUAAUCUCCAAAUAAUUUCACUUCGAAAUUUGACCCUAAUAAUAAUACCAAAUUGCCCUUGCAAGAGGAGCAUUAAGAGCUAUUUGUAAUUUCAAGUGGUGAAAAUAGAAGGGAGAAAAAAAAGAGUAAGUCUAGAAGAAGAAGAUCUCAGAGGAAAAACCCUAAGCUCAAAAGAUCUACGAAAGAUAAAAGACUUGAGGAAAGCAGGUCUAAUUUGAUAAAUUAUAUACCUAGCUAUGGAAAUAUGAUUGAAGAUAAUAAUUACUUUUAAAAAGAUAAAGAACUAAUAAUGGUUGAAGAAAGUUAGAGAUUAAACAGUGAUAAUAACUUUAAAAGAGUUUCCAAUAUCCUAAAAGAACUUAAAAAUACUUAAGGUAGUGGGGCUGCAAGUGGUUCAAUGAAGGAGGAAAAGAGUCUAAAGCUUUAAGACCUUGAGAAAAAUACUAAUUUGAUUAAUAACUCUGGAAGAAGUCAGAUUGAAAUUGAAAGAAUAAGGGUUGAAAAUCAGUAAUUAAGAAGGAAAAUUGAAAUUUUAGAGGAGGAAAGUGAAAUUCUUAGAAAUGAGAUCUAGAAUCUUGGUAUGAAAACUAAAACAAAGGAGGAAUUGGCUUUUUACUAUGAGGGCUUAGCAAAGGAAUUUGAGAAGGAAAUGAUCAAGAAUGACCUCAGAGCUGAUGAAUUGAUCUCUUAAAUGAAUAAAUUAAAGAUUGAAAAUGAGAGACUUAGGCAUGAAAAAAGAGAUAUUAGUGAGAAACUCAAGAGUAUGACAGAAGAAAAAGAAUCAUUCCUAAAAAAAUUAGACCAAUACAAGAAUCUUUUGAAGAAUAAAGACUUCAAACUUAAGGAUUUCACAAUCAGAGUUGAGGAUUUGAACAAGCAAUUAGUCAAUUUAGAAACAGAAAAAGAUAGAUUAGUGAUUGCAUUGAAAAAAUAAAGAAAUAAUGAAGAUAAUUUACUCCAGGACCAUUUCACUCAUCUUCAACAAAAAAAUAAAUUCCUAGAAAGUGAGCUAGCUAAGUACUAGAAAACUAAAAGACCUCCUAGCACUUUGGAAUUUUAGGUUGAUCUCCAGGAUAGUAAACAUUUUGGCAAAAGAAGCAGAUCACCUAAUUAUAUGAAUCACCGUGAAGCUUAAACUAAUGAGAUGAGUUCCCUCCUUAACUAGCUUUGUAAAGAGUUAAAGAUUGAGAAUUAUGAAGAUAUACUUUUAAAAGUCAAGGAUCUCAAGCAUUUCAUGAGAAAACACCAAAAAGAAAGAAAACUAAUAACAAAUCUACAAAAGCUUGCUAAAGACUGCAUGAAUGGAGAAUUAGGGCAACCCAUACCAUAAGGUUCUCCAUCAAAGACUCAGGAUAUUACUGAAAACCUAGGUAACAAAACUUAGAGAGCAACUAUUCCAGGUAAUUCAACAAUUGAUAUCAGCACACUCACAACAGGAAUGAAUCAUAACUAUGGAAGUGGCUCCAAUUUACAAAACUUGGCAUAAAAUCCAUUCUAGUAAGAACUCCCUAAGAUAAAGGAUACUUGGAGAUGGAUUCGAAGUCUAGUUUCAUCUUAUAUAAAUAAUGUUCAAAAGCUAAAAGAUACUUUCUAAGGUAGCCCAUAUAAAUCUGAGGCUAAUGGCAGUCCUGUUUAAUCUAGAAAAACUAAUGCAGAAAGACUUUAUUUGAUGAAUCUGAUGAAUACACUUCACUGUGAAAACCUUGAGGAUGUUGAAAAUUGUAUAUUUGACUUAAUAAGACAUAAAGAAGAGUCUGAGAGAAUAUUCUAUAUUAUAAGAUAAAGUUUACGACUCCCUAAGAACUGCACUCUAACUCAAAUUGAGCUAGGUGUAAUCUAAAAGUUCUCUAACUCGCAUAAACCUUAUACAAACUCUAAUAGCGACCUAAGAAGAUGA